AUGUCUAACCAAGUCCAAUCCCGCGGUGAAUAUUUGCUAGUCAGAAACAUGGCCGAACGCGAAAGGCUGGACAUGCAAUAUAAAGCCUGGCAGGCCAAUAUUGGUUAUCUACUUCAUCCAAUCAUCAAACAACAGGAUCAUAUGCGCAUUGCAGAUCUUGAUGGGUUUGAUCUCUCAGACGCCAUGUUUCCCUGCAAGAAUGCUUUACCGGAAAAUAUUACCUUCCAUCAGCAAAACCUCCUGGAGCCAUUCCCGGAUGAGUAUCUGGGAAAAUAUGACGUUGUCAAUGUUAGAGUUAUGGUGGUGGCUUUGUCCUCGGACGAGUGGGAACCUGCCGUGCGAAAUUUGAUGACGCUUCUCAAGCCCGGAGGUCAUCUACAAUGGACCGACUGUGCCGCACAUGAGUGUGUAGUCAAAGGGGAGCCUAUCGGAAAACGAGCUACUAAUGCACGAUAUGGACUCGACUUAUUCCGAAGGACUCUGAUUUCGCUUGGGAAAACACCAAAUAUUGCUGCUCUUCAUGGCAUUUUCCGGAAAAGUGGACUGAAAUGUUGUGAAGAGCGGAUCUAUACUCUUGACGACCCAGGGGCUCGGGAAGACCUCAAUUUCACAGUCGUUGUUGGAAUCCAGCACGUUCUGGCUACUGCUUUCCAAAUGCAAAAGUUGGAUGAAAUACAAUCCAUGGACCAAAUUAUGGGCCUGAGGAAGGCUAUGCUAAGCGACUUGCACAACAUUCCUUGCUAUUAUUGCUUCGAUGUUUACGUCGUGGUUGGAAGAAAAGCUUGA